AUGGCUGACAUCUUUGAUCUGAGAUACUGCCAGGUCGUUCUCGAGUCUGCAACGACCUUACGGAACAUCCCAAGAUUCAGCAUGGCUGACAUCCUCUUGUUUAUAGGUCAGUGUAAUGAAGGGCACAGGGCAUUAGACAGUGGUUUAGACGAUAGUGGACCGUUGGAGACACCUAUUGCACAAGGCGUUCCGUCGCACCCUUUGGUCCAUGGUCUGAAAGACUGCCACGUCGUUCUGGAGUCUGCAACGACCUUGCCAAACAUCCCAGGACUCGGCAUAGCUAACAUCCUUCUGCUUGUAGAUGAGUAUACUAAAGGGACAAGGUAUCAGACCGUGGUCCAGACUAUAGUGGACCAUUAG